AUGCGCGACAUUGCUGCCCGGUAUGUUUCUAAAGCAACUCAACAAUUGGGGCAACAUGAACAUCAUCAGCGGCCCAGCAGGCCAAGGGCCUGUAAAAGUGCGGCAUCUGGGAAAGUAAUUUCGAGUGCAUCGAGCAAAUCGGCUCCGAGAACGACUUUAUCAAGCAAUCGGGUAUCUGGAAAAGUAACUUCGACUGUAUCAACAAAAGCGGCUGCGGAAGAUAUCCCAUCGAAGCAGCAUUCGCAGAAGAAAUUAUCUGCGAGAAAUCCCGAAACGUCAACCACAACAAAAUCUAAGUCCUCUUCAUCCAACCAUCAAUCUAAAUCUCCCGCUUCCCGGCCAAAGAACCCCUUGUCAAGUAAACGAGUCCUCCACCAGUCAAGUAACACCGAUUCCAUGGACGAACAAGAAAGUGGUAUCGAGGACUGUGUCGAAUACGAGUCAGCCUCCGAAAGUAGCGAAUCCGUUUCAAGUGCACAGCCCGCUCUGGCCAACAAAUCUCGCGUCGCUGGCAAAUCUGCUGCACCCCCAAACCCUCCAGAGUCUGAUUGGCACUCCAAUCCAAAUGUACCAGGAAUAAGAAAGGUCGGCCCCGGAGGAUUGAAUCAAAAUCCCUCUUUGAAACAGAAACCAAAAGUUUCAUUUGAUUACUCGAACAUCGAACGGUCUCGUCAGAACAGCUCAAGCAACAAGACUUCGGCUGCUUCCAGAUCUCACACUAACUCGCGGACUCAUCCCUCUGAUAGCCAGAGUACCUCCCUCACCCCAAAUCCCGCAAAUCACUCCUCUCAUAGCCAACGCACCUUGCCUGCCGUAUAUCCCGGGACCUACCCCUUCGAUGGCCGGCGCAACUUUCCUAUCAAGAAUCCUGGGACAAACCAUUCUGAUGGCCGGCCUACCUCAACAAACAAUCGAAUAGUUCCCGAUUCCUUCAUCCGCUCAAGCGACCCAGGCCAUCAUUCUCACGAGGGAGCUACUUCUAACAGAGGAGUAACCCCUCCUCGCACUGGUUCUGGUCACAAUCAUUCUCACAAGAUAGCUGCUUUCAAUGAAGGAGCAAAUCAUCGAACACUCAACAGGGAUGAAUCCAAAUUUUCCAACCCCAUCGAUCAACUCAGCGCUAGUGAAUGUAUGGUUCUGUCCAACUUGCUGAACCAUCGACUAAAGACUUUCGAUCGGCAUGCCUCGAUUAAUCCGGCCGAAGACAUGCCUCGGGCAUUUUCUUCGAAACCUGCUCCAACUUAUUAUCCACCCAUGGAAUCAGACUCAGAACGGCUUUGGUUCACACUGUCUAGUCGUAUUGCCAAACAAGAAGAACAAAUAAUCCACACCCUCAUACCCCAUCGAGAUGCCGCCCCAUGGCUUCCUGUCACCGAUUAUCAAGCAACUCAGGAAGAAUUGGCAGCGGGAUAUCCAAAGGAUCCAUCAAUAAUAGCCCCGAAAUGGAUUACAUUAACCAAACAUCACCAGCCAGCGGCUCCAUCAGCCGAACUACCGCCUCUUUUGUCUCAUAAUGCAGGAAAUACAUUGCCUGCACCCCCUCUCAGUAACAUGUCCGAUAGCGAUAAGAUUCUUCAACUUUUGCAGCAGAUGACUGCAGUUCAACACCAGGCUUUCUCGUAUCUUGCCCGACCUCCUGAAAAACAAGCCGGUGCCUUGUCUUCGUCGACACAUUUGGUUCCCGCCCAGUCUGCUUCCUUCUCGCACCAUGUUGGAUCUCCUCAAAACCAAGCCGGCGCCUCAUCCUCGUCCGCACCCCCACAUCACACCCAGUUUGCUGCCACUGCCGUCCCUAAUUUAUCGAAAGUGUCACCCUCAGGAUUAAGCACACCCCUUAUGUUUUCCCCACUUGUCCUCAAUUACCCGAAUAGUUCUUCCGAAAGCACGAUUACGAACUUUCAACCUCCCGCUCCAGUUCAACAUGACAAUCAAUCCGUCAAUCCAACAGUAAAUGCGUUUACGUUUGUCCCCACCAACGCCACCGCUGGCACUUGUCCAGCGAUUCCUUCGAUUGCAGUGUUGCCUCCUCAAGCAAGCAGCGCAGUAGAUCUACAACAUUUGCCUAUGAGCUCUCGACCAAUCGCCUCCCCUAAACAGCUCAGACCGCAUCAGUCGGCUGAUGUCACUGGGUCUAACUACCAGGAUUCUAUCGAGAAUAAGCCAAAGCCGCCAAGUGAACCGAUCAUCAAGAAUCAAAAGAUGACUGUACUCCCCGAAAGUCUUGACAAUCCCGAUCUGUCCACUCAACCUGAUACGCGAAGAUCAAAUGCCCAGAAACAAAGCCCGCCCGAACUUUCUGAAAGCCCAAACAACCCUGGUCUGUCCAUCAGACAUGAUGCAGCACAUUCUACUACCAAAAUAUACCCUCAGGUUGCGCUCAACUCUCAAGCUUCCGAAUAUACUGCUGGCCAACAAUCCGACGAAAUGGGUUUAACAAACGAUGCACCACCAAUCCCAUCACAAAAAACGGAGCCUCCAAAGCCUAGCGCACCAACAACAGCCACUGGGGCAAACAACCCGCCAAAGAUCUCGCCAGCAGAAACUGGACCUCUAAAACCAAGCACACUCGCAACAAUACCCUCCGGAAGCAACGAUGCACCUGAACUUCCCACAGAAACUCAUGCCAGUGUCAUGCUAGGACUUUCUGCAGCCAUGGCCGAUUUUGUGGUAGAAGGUAAGAAGUUCAAGGAGGAAUUACCGAAAUCCAAUUGA